GCGAAUCAAGAAUCAAAAUCCCGCACUCACGACAUUACUUAUACGUCCAGGAUCUCUGACGGACGCGACUCACCCCCUAUCCCCCCCUCCACUCUGCCUCCACUCCCUCCUUCUACCGCUCCGCCCACCAUGGCAUCUCACCAAACCGCUGGCAACUACUCCAGUGGCCAGAGGUAUGAUCAAGGGGCUCAGCCUACCCAUUCCAAAGCGUACUCUCAAUCAGGCUUUCAGCCCAAUGUAGCUUACACUGCUCCGAUCCGACAGCCUCCACCAGAUGAGUUGACUGCUGAAGAGCUCGAGGCAUAUGAAAGGGGGAUCAUCAACUGGGAGAAGGCUAGAAACUGGCGAUUCUGGUUCAGAAAAGAAUGGAAGUGGUGGUAUGUAGCUUUCGUCUUCCUGGUCAUCAUCGUCGCUCUCAUGGCGUUCUUCCACAAAACUAUCAUCAACUGGUUGGAGCCUUUUGUCCGCAAAAUCCAAGCCAUCAAAUACGGCUGGCUCAUCCCUGUGGGCAUCCUAUUCGCUCUCAGUUUCCCACCGCUCUUUGGAAAUGAAAUCGUCAUGGUCCUAGUAGGUCUCGUAUGGGGUCUGGGGAUAGGGUUUGCCAUUGUCGCUGUCGGCAUCAUCCUUGGUGAAGGCGCCAACUACUUCGUGUUCAAGUAUUUAUGCACGAAUCGUGCCAAGAAAAUGACUAAGAAGAGCCUGAACUAUGCUUGUCUAAGUCAAGCAAUCAUCGAAGGAGGGUUUGUCAUGGCUUGGAUCGUAAGAUUGAGUGUUAUUCCAACCCAUUUCACUACAGCUGUGUUCGCCGUCUGCGGGCUCAAGUGGUACCACUUCUUCCUCGCUUUGAUUCUAGCCUUGCCAAAGCAGCUCCUCUCUGUAUACGUCGGAGUCGUCCUUGGCGAACAAAACCCGACAUCCAACUCGCACGUCGUUUCCGACAGCGUGUUCGGCGUCACGGCAGUAGUGACAAUUGGAGCCUUGAUCUUCAUCUACCGCCGCAUGAUGGCCGUCCGCAAAAAGGUUAUCAUCGGAAUGAGGGAUGACCUCCAAGCUCAAGGUGUCAAGAUUCCCGAUCAAUACGCCACAGGUGCAUUCGAAACCGAUGCUGGAGAGACUAGUAACCGAACUUGGGCUCAUCCCUUCCCCCACCAUGCUAUCACCGAACCUCAGGGAAGUUCCCCGCACCAAUAUCAUACUCAACCUCAAUUACAAUACCAGCAACAACAAUCAUACUCAUCCGCUCAGGAUGGCUUUCAACACCAGCCGUACUCUUCAUCCCAGGAUGGCUAUCAACAACAACAACAACAACAACAGCCAUCGCAUCAGAACGAGUACCAACAGAAUGCUUAUUCAAAGUAUCGGCAGCAGCCUGUGGAUCAGCGACGCUAGACGCAGCUGUCUUGGGGUGAAGAGAAUGAUGUAAGAAGAAGCCAGAUCUGGGAUCUGUCGCUAUCAAAUGCCGUCGCUCUAUAGAGCGACAAUAGCU